AUGAGUCUCGUCUCUGCCAUAGCAUUUCAUGGCGACGAAGUAGCCGCAGAAGCUCAGAAUCGGGACCCAUGUCUUGCUGCGACAAAACUGCUGAUCACGGACCCAGCAGCUUGGAAGUCGCAAACAAGAGAUGAGUGCUUAGUUGUGCAAAUGAGUGCUGGGUCCCGAGCAGUACACAAGGGAGCCGUAAAUGGACAACGACGAGCAUGUUCGCCUUCUGUAGCUGCUGAGGAGCAAUUACGCUGGUCGGCGAUCGUGUUUGCCAGCAGAAUACAGUCGCAGUCCAUCUGUCCACAAUCAAUCAGCGAUACUGAAUGCUGA